AUGGCCGCUAUCUUCGGAGGAAAUCCUCUGGUCACACAAAUAGGCCAGAAGAUAGAGAGAGCUACAGAUGGAUCCCAGGCAUCAGAAAACUGGGGACUUUUUAUGGAAGUUUGUGAUAUGAUCAAUGAGAGUGAUGAUGGUCCUAAGGAUGCAAUCAAGGCCAUUAAGAAGAGGCUUUCACAAAAUGUUGGAAAAAACAACGUAGCCAUCAUGUACACUUUGACGUGUCUGGAGACAUGCGUUAAGAAUUGUGGUAAGAGGUUUCAUCAACAUGUGGCCAACAAAGAUUUCCUUGCAGACAUGGUCAAAAUCAUUGGUCCCAAGUAUGACCCUCCACAGGCACUGCAGGAGAAGGUCCUAUGUCUCAUACAGACUUGGGCAGAUGCUUUCCGUGGUAUCCCAGAGCUAAAAGAGGUGGAGAAGGUUUAUCAAGACCUGAAGACCAAGGGUAUAGAGUUCCCCAUGACUGACUUGGACAGUAUGGCUCCCAUUCACACACCUGCACGGACACAUCCAGAUAUAGAUCCUGGACUGAACAGAAUGCGACCUGCCAGUAGCACCAGAGCUGCCAAAUAUAUGGUAGCUGAUGAUCUAGAGCCACGAGUGGCUACAGGGAUGCCACAAGGGAUGCCACAAGGGAUAGCUCCUGGAAUGUCCCCAGUCCCUAUCCAAACUACAAUGCAGCCCCAGAUGCCCCCACAGCCUGUACAAGGCACACAGACAAGCGGGCCUAUCAAUCCUACCAUAGACCAGAUGAGCAAGUUAAAAAGCGAGCUGAGCGUGGUACAGGGAAACAUUCGUGUGAUGGGGGAGAUGCUGAGUGAGCUGUCGCCCACCAAUGUCGACCCCUCUGACCUUGAACUGUUACAGGAAUUGAACCGUACCAACAGACAAAUGCAACAAAGACUGGUGGACCUGUUGGAUAAAAUAGCCAAUGAAGAAAUUACAAAUGAACUUCUAAGGGUGAAUGAUGACAUCAAUAAUGUGUUUCUGCGGUAUGAAAGAUUUGAAAAGUAUCGGACAGGGCAAACUGGUCAGCAAGCCAACCAACCAGGUAGUCAAGUGUCACCUGAACCGUCCCCUCAGGACUCCCAUUUACCACCAUCGUAUGAUCAGAUUGUUACUGGAGGCCCCGAACAGAAUUCUGGAGGACCUCGUAUUGGCAACUUAAUAGACCUUGGACCAGAGAAUACUUCUACGGGUCUCAGCUCUCAGUUUUCAGACAUGGGACUAGGAGCUGGCAGUGUAAGUAACACCCUUGGUCAGCUCAAUUCUACAGCCACCACCAACAGUACUCAUCCUCCUUCUGAUGACUUUGAUAUGUUCGCACAAUCACGUCAAUCAUUUGACCAGAAUAAAAAAACAGUGAGUGGAUAUUCAAACCAACUUGAGGAUCACCAGUAUGGAGGUGGACUAAGCCAAGCUGUCAAUGCCAAAGUAACUCCAGGGCUAGAUGAUGCUGAGGAAGUAUUGAAGUUGCAAGAUCGGGAAAAUGAUUAUGAUGAAAUGGAACAAUGGUUGACAGAUGAACAGAGGAAAGAUUUGGAAAACACAAGGAGCAAGCCUCAAGAAUCCAUCACUAGUUCAGAAUUUGAUGAGUUUUUGGCAGAGCGAGCUGCAGCGGCUGAUACUCUCCCUAGUAUUUCUGCACAAACUGGCCAACAGCCCCGCUCGGCAAACCGCAAUCGCCAACUAAAACAGAAGGAUGAGGAUGAGAAUCCAUUGUUUGCGCUGUAGUUAAUAUCGAAUCAGUGUGGAAGAGAAUGAAUGUAAAUACUUAAGGUGAAAUCUCCCUGAAAUACCUAUAUAAAGUGAGAAAUAUAAUUCUGUCAUGAAAUGAAAGAAUACUUGUUUUUUUGAAACUGUCAAGAAUGUAGACAUGAGAAUGUGAUAUGGCAUCAUACCUUGUUUGAUGUUCUGGUUAGUGUACUGUCAAUGACUCUUCUUCAGCAUCACUGUUGAACAUUUUAAAUAUUAGAAUUCAAAAUAUCAGUAUAUUACUGACUGCUAGAGUUUCAAGUCGAUAUCUAAAGAAAAAUUUAUAAUGUUUAUGUAUACCAAGUUAAGCCUAGGUGGGAGGGGCAUGGAGUGUGGCAGAGAGUAAUAUAGUAGGUGAAGAGUUGGGCAAGGGAGUAGCAUAGUAGGUGAAGUGUUGGGCAAGAGAGUAGCGCAGUAGGUGAGGAGUUGGGCAAGAGAGUAGCACAGUAGGUGAGGAGUUGGGCAAGAGAGUAGCACAGUAGGUGAGGAGUUGGGCAAGAGAGUAGCACAGUAGGUGAGGAGUUGGGCAAGAGAAGAGUACAGUAGGCAAAGGAUGGAGGAAGGGGAGUGUAUGUCUGUGUUUAGUUGAUAUGUUCUGGUCUAUCACUACUGCCGGUGUUUUUUGUUUGUGAGUGUAUGUAGGGAGAUUUGUUGUUAUAUCUCUGUAAUGCUGCUUUUCUAACAAGCAUGCAACAUGAUGUCCUGAUAGUGGGAUCCAUAUGUUGGUUGUUUAUUUUGUAUCUUUAUUUUGAUUCUAUUGCACAUCCAUUUUGUGUAGGACUUUGUUUUUAUCUCAUCUGAAAUCAAAUGUUAUGGAAAGUAGUGAACUUCUAUUGUAUGAUUCCCCCCCCCCCCAAAAAAAAAAAAAAAGAUUAGGGAAAUCUUAUAUAUAAUCAUCUGUGACUAAUGGAUUUUGAUGAGAGAUUGGAGUGUUUGGACAGAAUGAGGAGUGUAUGGUCUAAAACAGCUCAGAGUGCCUAGAUACAUCUGUUAUUAUAUGUGAUAUUAUUAUUACCCAGUAGAAUUGUGUAGAGUGUUUGAAAUAGAUCAGCUACUUGUUUGAACUGAUUUGUCUGGAAAAAUAUACAGCUGUACUGCAUUUGUGUACUGUGGAUGUACAGCAGUCAUGCUCACAAAGUCCUGUAUUCAUAGUACUAUGAAUUUACUACUAUUUUUCUUACAAGGUCCUUUAUUUAUUCACUAUUAAUGUAUUACAGUUACACACACAAGAUCCUGAAUUCAUUUUACUAUGAAUGUACUACAGUCAGUUAGACAUUGUCACAGGCCCUGAAUUCAUUGUACUAUGAAUGUAUUACAGUCAAUUAGACAGUCAUAAGGUCCUGAAUUCAUUGUACUAUGAAUGUACUACAGUCAGUCAGACAUUGUCACAGGCCCUGAAUUCAUUGUACUAUGACUGUACUACAGUCAGUCAGACAGUGUCACAGGUCCUGGAUUCAUUGUACUAUGAAUGUACUAGUCAGUCAGACAUUGUCACAGGCCCAGAAUUCAUUGUACUAUGAAUGUACUACAGUCAGUCAGACAGUGUCACAGGCCCUGGAUUCAUUGUACUAUGAAUGUACUACAGUCAGUCAGACAUUGUCACAGGCCCAGAAUUCAUUGUACUAUGAAUGUACUACAGUCAGUCAGACAGUGUCACAGGCCCUGGAUUCAUUGUACUAUGAAUGUACUACAGUCAGUCAGACAGUGUCACAGGCCCUGGAUUCAUUGUACUAUGAAUGUACUACAGUCAGUUAGACAUUGUCACAGGUCCUGGAUUCAUUGUACCACUACAGUACUACAGUAAACCAGGUGUCAUCCUACCAUGCAGUUAGCUUGAAUUUAUGCAAGAGAGGUCAUGUGGAAAGUCUGUCCUUUGAAGCUAUGUACUCUGUUCUUCAAUCAGUCAACUUCGGGUUCAACAUUUAUAUCUGAAAGAUAAUGAACAAAAUGGCCCAUAUUUAUUUAUGCCAGACAUUGUUACAGAAAUCAAGUUAUGUUGGUGCCAUUAUAAUGUCAAAAGUAUACUUACAUAUUUAAUACAGCUAUACUACUUAUAUGAUAUUGGAUACAGACAAGCUACAUGUUACAAAUGUUCUCUGUUUAAGCUAGGUAAGCAAUGUAUCACCAAUUGCCAAGUGGAAUGAUAAAAUGUUAGGUUCUAAAAUCUGGUCAUGCUUUCCACCAUAAAUGGUUGGGUUUUGCCUGUGGUCCUUAAAGUAACAUCACAUGUUAUUUCCAAGUUUUGUUCUCAAAAACUGUAGGAUGACACUUGCAAUCUAAUGCCUUCCACUGGUCCUUUGAUCACUUUUGGAAAUUUUACCCACAACAUAUUUCAUAUACUAAAGUAGGCUUGUCAAUUUUGUAUGCAUGUACCUUUUCAGAAGGCAGAAUAAAGAAAACUUGUUAAAGUUGGAAUUGGUGCCCCACUUUCCAGUGUUACGUUUCUGUGUUAAGGUAUGAUCAGGAGAUUUAUUGUUUAUGAUGGACAAUGGAUUGACCACAAUGCUUUGCCUUUUUUUUUUUAACUAAUUGUAACAAAAUUGUAAGAAUGGUAUGGAUACAAUUUUACAAAGGCACAUAAUAGUAAAAAGAUUUUUUAUAUCUUCUAUGAAAAAAGAAUAGAAUUGUUUGAAUGUUGAUUACAUGUAUUUGAUCUGUGUGGAAUUUCACCCAAUUUGUUUAUUUUGUAAGCCUUCAAAUGUUAUUGUUGAUCAAUAGGCUAGGAGUUAUGUAAUCAAGUAAUCAAUAUUUUGUCUCAAAAGUAUUCAAUCAAGUAUUAUGCCUGAUUUGUAGCUUUAAUAUCUUUUCUCUAUUUUAACUAGUAAAUAGAUUAUGAUGGUUGUUCCUGUUACAAGGGAAUUGUGUUAUUCAGUGCAUAUUACAGUUGGAGGGUGCAAGGUUAUCUCCCCCUUUACUGUACAUUUUCCCCUAUGUUUGCAAUAGAAAUGACCAUUUUGUUGUUGGAACCUUUUAUUGUCAGUUUGCUCAUUAGUAUAACAUAAGUUUUUGUGAUCCUUUUUACAUCUUGGUGGAAAUAGGAGACAUGAAGCAUAACAGUAUUUCUAUUUACUAUAAUCCUAACCAGAAAUCGCCAGCACUAUUUCUCCUGCAGAUAUCAGGACAACUUUUGUUUAUUCAGUUAAAACAGUUCAUGUGAAAUACAAAUAUUUGUAUUCUGUAAAAUCAGGUCACAAAAUUCAUACUGGCAGAGGCUUUUCCAAUGAAAAAUAAAAUUUGGUCCUAUUUUUUUUUCUUAUAUUACUUUUUAUGGGUUUUAAUGUCAUUAAAAUGAAUAACUGAUAUGAGAAUAGACCUUGUUUUAUAAGCGUGCUAUGGUCAUUUAAUUUGUUAGGCUGAGGCAUUACCAAGUUCAAUGAUGAAAGUGUGCACUGUUAACUAGUGAUUUGCAUAUGUUGUUUUCAGGUUUAAACACAUGAAAUUGUUGAACUCAAUAAAUGAAAUUAGUUCAGAAAGUGAUGUACUACGUCAUGUUUAAUUGAAAAUCAUCUUUUCUUUUUUAAAACAUGAUUUAAAAAAAAAAUUGUACACUUGUAUCAAAAUGGCAGUAAGAUUUGGGUUUUCCUCUGUUAUGUUUAGAUUCUCUAUUACUUGUACAUUGUCACCUUGAAAUCAUUACCCUGCCACCAGAGCCAUUUGUUCAAUCUGCUUUUACAGAGGGUAAAAUACAGGAGGGAUUAUGAUAUCUUCAUUAAUUUAUGGCAAUUACAGUUCCAUGACUCUUGGAAGAUAUUUCUUUACUAUCAGAUAUUACAAAUAUGUCUGUUCCAGCUCUUGUUUCCACAUACUCUUACUAUUACUAGCUUGGGAUUGAAUUUUAGGAUUGGAAGUCUAAGGUCAAGGUCAAGGUCAUUUUCUAAAAACAAAAAUUUGAUCUUCGUUAAGUUUUCCUGCACAUUACCUGUGGUCCCGUUACAUAAAGUAUUUUUUACUUGAGUGUGGAUGUCACUAGAGGCAAGUGAUCAGAGAAAUCUCUGUAGUCUUUGACAAUAUCUACCAAGGUGAAUAUACUUUUGAUGAAAAUGAAAGAUGUGAUAUUUUCCAAUUAUUGAUUUCAAGUUGAAGAUAUGCUGGAUUUUCUCGUUGGUAAAUUAUGGAGACAACUAUAAAUAAAUGUGUUGUUGAUACUUGUUAUAUUUUUUAAUAUUUCCUGGCUCUGGAGACAUUAAGAAAAUACACCCAGAUACAUUGACACUUUGAUGUAUUCAAUUAAUUUUGUCAGUUAUUCACUGGCUGAAGAUUCUCCAGAUAUUAAAAGCAUAAUGAUAAAUGAUGAUAGUUUGAAUUUCAUCAUUAAAGACUACCUCUACAUUGUUAAAUGAUCAUGGUAUUUUUUAAUAUUAGGUUAUAAUUUGACUGUACUAAAGGGCUGUCUGUUGAUCAGUACAUUAUUUUAUUGGAAAUUUGAAGGGAUUUCUAAGUAAAUUGAUAGUGGUAUUUUUCAAUGUUAGAUCAUGGCUCUCCUGUACUAUAGUACAAAAUUGUUAAGUCUGAUAUUUUAUUGGAAGAAUUUCUUUCCCACCAUGUUUUACAUAUAUCUACACAGGUUUGGUUUUAAAAUGGUGAAGGGGUUAAAUUUUUUUAUUAGUUGUCACAUGUUGCCAUCACCCUACAGUUGCCUUACUUUUCCUAAGACCUUAAUUGACUGCUAUGGCACAUCAUCUGCAAGGUCAAUUCAGGUUAAAUGUCCGUAGAAGGAUAGUACCAACUUUUGGAGAGAUUGAAGAUGUCCGACUUUUCUGCAUGCUUUAAUGUAUAAUAGAACAUUACGCCAGAUCAGAAGAAUAUUAGUGUAGGUUAACACAGGCUAGUGUUACUGUUUACUGCUAACAAGCAACAGGAAUUGAAGAUUGUUAAAUGUUUACCAGUAUAUUAAGUGUUCUAUCACUAUAAACAGAACCAGUUACCCGAAUAACACUUGAUUGCUAAGAUAAACAUAUGUCCAUGAUCCUUGUUUCUCUACAGUGAAACAUGUUUAUGAAAGAACAGGGAAGAUACACAUAAAUGUUGAGUACUCCAACCAGGAAUCACACCCGGAUCUCUGGCGUAAUAAUCAACCGGCUCUACCAACUGAGCCAAAGAAGCCUGCUCCGUAAGCUGAGUGACAGAGACUUUUUAUACUACAUACAAGUAAUGCUGACAUGCUCCUUUUACAAAUAGUUAUAUAGAUAAUGGUAACAAGACUUUUUCGUGAUUGGAGAUAUGUACUUUGAAACUUUAUUGUAAGGGCUAUUCCAAUAGAACAUCAAUCCCACCAAACGUUUUCUUAUUUGUUAGGGGCUUCAUCGGCACACCAGGAAUGAUAAUUUGCAUAAAAAUGGUAAGAAAUACUAUGAUGGUAAUAAUUGAUUCCAGCCCUUGGGUUAGGAGUUUCUUUUAUGAAAAGCACAUUGUUUUGGCUGUAGUUAAUUCAUAAUAGGUAGUGACAUUUUCUUAUCUACAAUAUUUUUGAGUCAACCUGGAGAAAAAAGAUUAUGAUGCCAAGAUUGAUAUUGCAUUCAGUUGCAGACGUGAUUUGCAUUGUGUCGUUAUACACAGUAAACUUGACAGAUGCAUGUGUUGUGAACUUCUGUAAUUAAAUAGUGAUUAUUCUAUUAAGGCUCUAGUGUUUAAGUGUGUAACACUUGACUAACACCAUACGCUCAGUGCAUUAAUUAUACCUCUGCUAGUGUAUCAUGCUACAAUUAUGUACAGUAAAAAGGGUUUUUUUUUUGUUUUUUUCAAAUAUAUAUUAAUUUGUAUAUAAUUAUCUUGGGAGGAUCACCCAAAUAUUUAUUCUGUUUAAAAAAUACAUUUUCAGAUGGAUGUUAUGUUGCUUUUGGAAAAAUUUACAUUUUGGACAUGUUACAGAUUAGCUAGAUUGAGACUGAAGUUUCACAGAAACCUUAUGAUGUGGUUGAGAUAUUUUUAAUCCUAGUUAUAUAAAGUAUUGUUCUGUAUGAUGAAUCCUCAAUGACUUGCUCCUGUAGGUAUGUGAUUGUCACUAAAGUUAAAUGUGUACAGAACAAACACUGUUGGGCCACAAUCCUGUCACAACCCUUUAUCACACUGCAGGUUCUUGUGAAAAUGUGUAUAUAUGCAGAUACUAUUGUAUAUUAAUGUAAACCUAUCGUAAAUAAACAUAACAAAGAUUUAUAA